AUGUUUCCAGAUGGGGAAACUGAGGUCCAGAGGGAAAAGUCUUUCCUGAAGGACGGCUACUUUUCUCACCGGCCCAAAGAGAAAGUGCGGACAGACAGCAACAACGAGAACUCGGUCCCCAAAGAUUUUGAGAAUGUGGACAACAGCAACUUCGCCCCGAGGACUCAGAAGCAGAAGCACCAGCCUGAGCUGGCGAAGAAGCCCCUGAGCAGGCAGAAGGAGCUUUUGAAAAGGAAGCUGGAGCAGGAGAAGGGGAAGGGGCACUCCAUCCCGGGCAAAGACGCCAACGAGGUGCUGCUGCCCGGCGAGAGAGCCGCAGGGAACAGCAGCCGUGGGAAGGAGGCCCCCCGGCAGCCCCACGCCAGGAAAAGCGGGGGCAGCUCCCCCGAGAUCAAGUAUGACCAGCCCCCCAAGUGCGACAUCUCGGGCAAGGAGGCCAUCUCCGCCCUGUCCCGCUCCAAGUCCAAGCACUGCCGCCAGGAGAUCGGGGAGACCUACUGCCGCCACAAGCUGGGGCUGCUGAUGCCGGAGAAGGUGACUCGCUUCUGCCCGCUGGAAGGCAAAGCCAACAAGAACGUCCAGUGGGACGAGGACUCCGUGGAGUAUAUGCUGGCCAACCCGGUCCGGAUCGCUUUCGUCCUGGUGGUGCACGGCCGGGCCUCCCGGCAGCUGCAGCGCAUGUUCAAGGCCAUCUACCACAAAGACCACUUCUACUACAUCCACGUGGACAAGCGCUCCAACUACCUGCACCGCCAAGUGCUCCAGUUCGCCCGGCAGUACAGCAAUGUCCGCGUCACCCCCUGGCGGAUGGCCACCAUCUGGGGCGGCGCCAGCCUCCUGGCCACGUACCUGCAGAGCAUGCGGGACCUGCUGGAGAUGACCGACUGGCCCUGGGACUUCUUCAUCAACCUCAGCGCAGCCGACUACCCCAUCAGGACAAAUGACCAACUGGUGGCAUUUCUCUCCCGAUACCGAGAUAUGAAUUUCUUGAAGUCACACGGCCGGGACAAUGCAAGGUUCAUCCGGAAACAGGGCCUGGACCGGCUCUUCCUGGAGUGUGACGCCCACAUGUGGCGCCUGGGGGACCGGCGGAUCCCAGAGGGCAUUGCCGUGGAUGGCGGCUCUGAUUGGUUCCUGCUGAACCGCAAGUUUGUGGAGUAUGUGACGUUCUCCACAGACGAUCUGGUGACUAAAAUGAAGCAAUUCUACUCCUACACCCUGCUUCCUGCCGAGUCCUUCUUCCACACGGUCCUGGAGAACAGCCCCCACUGCGACACUAUGGUGGACAACAACCUGCGCAUCACCAACUGGAACCGCAAGCUGGGCUGCAAGUGCCAGUACAAGCACAUCGUGGACUGGUGCGGCUGCUCCCCCAACGACUUCAAGCCGCAGGACUUCCACCGCUUCCAGCAGACAGCCCGGCCCACCUUCUUUGCCCGAAAGUUCGAAGCCGUGGUGAAUCAGGAGAUCAUCGGGCAGCUGGACUAUUACCUGUACGGGAACUACCCCGCAGGCACCCCUGGGCUCCGCUCCUACUGGGAGAACGUCUAUGAUGAGCCUGAUGGCAUCCACAGCCUCAGCGACGUGACGCUCACCUUGUACCACUCCUUCGCCCGCCUGGGCCUCCGUAGGGCUGAGACGUCGCUGCACACUGAUGGGGAGAACAGCUGCAGGUACUAUCCCAUGGGCCACCCAGCGUCUGUCCACCUCUACUUCCUUGCUGACCGCUUCCAGGGCUUUGUGAUCAAGCAUCACGCUACCAAUCUGGCCGUGAGCAAACUCGAGACGCUGGAGACGUGGGUGAUGCCGAAGAAAGUCUUCAAGAUCGCAAGCCCACCCAGCGACUUUGGGAGGCUCCAAUUUUCCGAGGUCGGCACUGACUGGGAUGCCAAGGAGCGGCUCUUCCGCAACUUUGGGGGUCUCCUGGGGCCCAUGGACGAGCCGGUAGGCAUGCAGAAGUGGGGGAAGGGCCCCAACGUGACCGUGACCGUCAUCUGGGUGGAUCCCGUCAACGUCAUCGCAGCCACCUACGACAUCCUGAUUGAGUCCACGGCCGAAUUUACCCACUACAAGCCCCCUUUGAACUUGCCCCUGCGGCCUGGGGUCUGGACAGUGAAAAUUCUCCACCACUGGGUGCCAGUCGCAGAGACCAAAUUCCUCGUCGCACCUCUGACCUUCUCCAACAGGCAGCCCAUCAAACCGGAGGAGGCGCUAAAGCUGCACAACGGACCCCCCCGUGGCACCUACAUGGAGCAGAGCUUCCAGAGCCUGAACCCCGUCCUCAGCCUGCCCGUCAGCCCGGCCCAGGUGGAGCAGGCUCGGAGGAACGCGGCCUCCACCGGCGCUGCGCUGGAGCGCUGGCUGGACUCGCUGGUGGGCAGCAUGUGGACCGCCAUGGACAUCUGCGCCACCGGCCCCACCGCCUGCCCAGUCAUGCAGACCUGCAGCCAGACGGCCUGGAGUUCCUUCAGCCCGGACCCCAAGUCGGAGCUGGGGGCAGUCAAACCCGACGGCCGGCUCAGGUAGCACUGGGCGUGGGUGGGCCGCAGCGGAUGUCAAAGGGAACACAGCCAGAGGGCCUCCCACCCUGGGGGUGCCUUUUGUGGGAGGGGCUCUCCUGGCCAUAGAAUGAUGGAGAAGGAGGUUCUGAGGCCAAAGCAGGGUCUGCCGAUGACCUGCAUUUGGCAAGCUGGCUCCUGGGGGUGUGGUCUUACCUCUUCCGGCUGGUCCUCGAGUCCUACAGGGUCCUUGUCUUCCCCUCCAGUGACCAAGCCCCCAGACGAGUGAUUCUCAGACUUUUCCUUUGAGCAGCAGAACUUUGUUUACGAAGCGCAGUGGUGGGUGGAGUUCCAGGUGCAGGUGAAAUCCAGGCUGCUCUGGGCGAAGCUAGGGCGAGGGGGGUUCUUCCUCAACGCUCGGCCCACAGGGCGGUCCCUUCGCCAAGGGCAUCUCCUAAGGUACCUCUUCAGAACCCAAGGGCUCUGCAAAACCCAGUUUGAAAAGCACUGCCCAGACGGUGGGUUUGAUCGCCAGUCCCACCCUUCGGCUCCUCUUCCCGCUCCUCUGGCCCAGGAAACCCUGUGCUAGCGCUGAAAUGACAAGUCACUGAAACCAUGCUCACGGGCCCUCCCCAGGGAGGCAGCAGGCCCAGGACGGCUCCAGGCCUCCCACCAGCCCUUCUUAGUCACUACACAAGCAGGGAAGCCUGUGUGUGACAUGGCCACGGUCCAGCAAGGUGUGACUGCCAACUGUCCUGGGUUCCAUGCCCCCUCCCUCGAGGGAAAAUGGGCUGAUGAACAUCACGUCUCCAGCCAUUCAUGGGCCAGGAGACCAUGACCUUG